CCCGCUCCCCCCUCCCGUGUCCCGCUCACUCCCCCAUGGCCCCCUCGGCGCUGCCGGAGCGGGGCCCUCUCGCUCGCCUGGCGCUGGACACGCAGUGCCCGGCCUGCGGGGAGCCCCUGCGGGACCCGGUGCUGCUGCCCUGCAACCACAGCUGCUGCCGCCGCUGCCUGCGCGCUCCCGCUCCCGGCCCCGCUCCCGGCUUCAGCUGCCCCCGGUGCCACCGCGCCGCGGCCCCGCACCGGCUCCGCACCCCCGUGGCCUUGGCCGUCGAGACCCGCAUCGCGCAGCGCCUGGCCCGGGGCACCCCCGCGGCCCCCCGGCGCCCCCAGCGCCGCAGCCUGGGGGCCCAGCUCCGAGCCGACGCCGCUGCCACCAGCCCCCCACCCCCUAAGGAGCCACCUGAGGGUGGGGGGACCCCCCGCAAGCCGUCCCCCCCCCCACUGACACCCCAAUAAACACCGUGCCCC